UCCCUUCAACACAGCGGACGGCGUAAAAAAAUUGUUGGAAAAUGUUAAAAAUAACAAUGCUUUUUUAACGGAAAUUAAGUCUAAAUACCUAGUUGCUGACCUUUCAAGUCUAAUCGCCAACAAAUCUCCUCGGGAAGAUAAAAAAAUUAAGGCCUAUUAUAAGCAAUUAAACCAACUUACUGAGGGUAGAGAACUAACUGAAGAACAAAUCAAUGAGUAUCUUCAUAAGCAAGCCAUUGGCGAGAUAAACGAAAAUUCAAUUAAAGUAGAAAACGAACAAAAAAAUAUCAAACCUUCCGAAAACAAUUUUGUUAAAACCGCCAAAUUAAAAAUCCGCAAUUUUUCGAUUAUUGCUCAUAUUGACCACGGCAAAUCGACUUUGGCCGACCGCUUGCUGGAAUUAACUAAUUUAAAAGGUAGUAAUAAAUCACUGGAAAGAAUACUCGAUAGUCUUUCCCUGGAACAAGAAAAAGGCAUUACCAUUAAAUUAAAUGCCGUUCAAUUGUAUUAUCCGUCGGAAAGCCCUGAACCUUAUAUUUUUAAUCUGAUUGAUACUCCCGGACAUGUUGAUUUUAUGUAUGAAGUUUCUCGCUCGUUGGCUGCUUGCGAAGGGGUAAUCCUGCUGGUAGAUGCUACCAAAGGUAUUCAGGCUCAAACGUUGGCUUAUUAUGAAAUUGCCAAAAAACUUAAUUUAAAAAUUUUACCAGUUAUCAAUAAAAUCGACCUACCUCACUCCCAAGUGGAAACUGUCCAAAAUCAACUAAUAGAACUUUUGAAUUGUUUGCCGGAAGAUAUUGUUUUAAUUUCGGCUAAAACUG